CGGGCCGCGGUGUCGGCCGGCCGGCCGGCCGGCCGUCGAGGUACAACAUGGAGGUGGUUCUCGUCGAAUCACAUCCCCGUCGCCGAAAGGCCCCUUUUACGUGGCCGCCUAUAAAGUUGUUCUGGUGACCGCGCGCCCGCUUCAGAAACACUCCACCCUCGAACGAAUCGACUAGCUUGCUCGCCAUGAAAUUGCACGUUUUGUUCCUGACGGCACUUCCCAUGUGCCUGGGUCAAUUUUCAAUCCAAGGACCCAGCGACGGCAAUCGACGGGCCCAGGGCCUUAAAUUCAGCGAGGAGAAAGGAAUCGAGUACACCGAUCAGAGCGAAUCAGAAGGGGCCGGGGACUUCACCAUUCAAGGCGCUACCGACGGCAACAGCAACUUCCGCAUCCAGGGUGCCACAGACGGCCACUCGAACUUCCAGAUUCAGGGUCCCUCGGACGGUGGUGCGGCUACCUUCAACAUACAGGGGCCGACCGACGGUCACAGCCAAUCCAUAAUCCAAGGAGCGUACGACCCCAACCAAGGCAACGCCAAGGCGCUCGAGUACAACGAUCCCAGCGGUUACAGGGUGAACUGGAGGUCGUACGAGCGCCAACCGCGGCCGGCGACGUACGCGGAGCCGCAGUACGCGGCGCAGGCCGCGGCGCCGGUCCGGCAAGCCGGGCACCGGCGAGCACCCCCGCCGCAACCGCAACAGCAACAGGCACCUGAACCUGCGCCGCAGUACAAGCAUUACGCUAACGCGCCGCCGCAGAUCCAGCAACUGCUCCAGUUCCAGCAGCAGAUCCCGUACCUCAACGUGAUCCCGGAACAAUACAGAUUCGACGAACAGGCUGCGAUACAGGCUCAGACUGAGCAGGUCCGGGAGCACUUCCGCAACUUGAAGGUCCAACCGCCACCUGGUUCGGCGCCGCCGCCGCCACCGCCCGCCGCGCCCGCACCGGAACCACGUCACCGAGCGCGCGGUCCCUCCAGGCAUAAGCGCGAGGCGAGUCCUCAGCAGCAGCAGCAGCAGCACCGCAGGAUAUCCCAGCCGCCGGCAGAGCCGCAGCCGCACUACUCGACCAAUCUGCCGCGAGAGCUGCAGGAGCUGCUCAAGUUCCAAGCUCAAACGCCCUACAACAUCUUCGCCAAUCAAGUCUCAUAUCGCGGGCCCGACAAACCUUACGUGCCGCAGUCCGUGAAUCCACCGCAGCAGCAGCUGGUGCAGAAGGCGCAGUAUCAAGGUCAGGGUGGCGCGUACCAGGCCCAGGCGAGCGCCUACACGCAGGCUCGCGUGGCCGGCUACAACCAGGGCCCGCAGCUCGGCUACAAUCAGCAGCAGCAGCAGCAGCCUGCUGGCGUACGACCCGUGACCGAGAAUCAGUACCUGGUGGUGGCCGACGACGUGGUUGAGCCGCGACGGCUGGGUCCAUAUAGAAGUGCAUCGCGACGCGGCCGCCAGUUUUGUCCCGCCGCCCUCCGGAUAUCAUCGUUCAGCAUCAUGAGAUUCCUCUUCUUGAUACUCGUCGUGGCGCCCGUGCUAGGGACGGAACUCCACAGUCACAUUCGUGUACGGCGGCAACACGGGAACGUGCGAUCUCUGAGUCAAGCGCCCGCCGCGAUCAAGCAGAUCCUGGCGUCUCAGCUGGCUCGCGACCCGAUCGUCCAUCUUCCGCCGCAGCCAGUGCCGAAUCUCUCGCUCUCCAAGCCCAUUGAGCCUCAGUACGUGACCCAGGCCCAGCUGUCUCAAUAUCGGCCGCAAGUACAGAUCGGCCAGCCACCUGAGCAGCCGACUUACAAGCAGAUUCCCGUAAGACCGGCCCAGUACUCGCCGCCGGCCUCCGCUCAGCAGCCGCAGUACAAUCCCCAGCCACAGCAGCAGCAGCCGCAGUACAAUCCUCAGUACCGCAGCAAUUAUCAGCAGCCGCAGUCGCAGCAAGCCGCCCAGCCCAACUAUCAGUACUCCAAGAACCUGCCGCCGCAGCUCCAGCAGCUCGUGCAGAUCCAGCAGAAUCUGCCCAACGCAAUCCCGGCGGGACAGCAUCAAGGCUAAUCGUUCGUCAACAGAUGUCAACGUCGAGUUCGUAUCGUAUGCGUCUCCGCGAGGUCAUCGGUCGUGAGCAUCCGCCAUCGCAUCGUUUCACUCAUCGCUCGCCAUCUCUGUAGUUGAGAAAUUCAUAAUGCACUUGGGACGCCCUUCACAAGCGGGUAGCAGAAUACGUUAGUGAAAAUUUCGUCUGCACGAGUAUUUUCUUUCCACGGAGUAUGUCUGUUAUAAAUCACAUCAAGGCGAAUUAAAGAUGUAAAUUGAUAGUCAAGUUGAAA